UUAAGGAAAAUUGUUGGUUUUGGUGAGUCCUUACCAUUUUCUGCUUUUGCAAAGCCAAACCAAAAUCUAUUAAUCGACUACAACGACAACACUUGCAAUUUCCCAUUACCAGUUCCCACCCAUCCCUCCCUCUUAUUUUCCAAAAGCGCUUCUACAUCACGCGCCCGAGGGUGCGGUGUGGCAUGGUAAUGGGACAACACAAACUCGCACAUACGUCUCCGUCACCGUCGUUCCGUCUUCGCUGCCCCAGCCUCAACUCGCUCCGCCUCCGUCGCAUCUUCGACAUGUUCGACAAAAACGGAGAUUCCAUGAUAACGGUAACGGAAAUAAGCCAGGCGCUGAGUCUGUUAGGCCUGGAAGCUGACGUGGCGGAGCUGGAGUCUAUGACUAGGUCCUACAUAAAGCCAGGCAACGAGGGACUCGUGUACGAGGAUUUCGUGGUGCUCCACGAAUCCCUUGGCGACACGUAUUUCGGCUUCGUGGAAAACGAGGAAGAGGCUCAACACGAAUCCGAUCUGUGGGAAGCGUUCAAGGUAUUCGAUGAAGACGGUGACGGUUACAUUUCGGCGAAGGAAUUGCAGGUUGUGUUGGGGAAGCUUGGUCUCGCUGAGGGGAAUUUAAUCGACAAUGUUCAGAAGAUGAUUGGAUCUGUUGAUACCAACCACGACGGUCGUGUCGAUUUUUGUGAGUUUAAGGAAAUGAUGCGCACAACUGUUGUCCGAACUUCUUAAUUCGUUGUAAUUUUACGAUAGUCAAUGUCAUUACACUUGUUAGUUCGUUAAUUUUUCGGGUACUUACGGGUUUGAUUCAAUGCUUCUGGUGCUGGAUCAUGAUGUUCAAUUUUGCACCAGUUGCUUUGCUCCUGUUCUGUUUCCUUUUUGUGGAGAUUUUCUCGCUAGCUACAAGUAAUCUCUCCAUAAAUGUUAUGUAAUUGUUACCAUCAUUUUCAACUU